AUGCAGGAGCCCAGGAAAGCGCCCCCCCCCAAGCUGGAUCCCCUUCGAUCCUCCGGGGGCUCCCCGCGCCCUUGCCCGGCCGGGUCCCCCGAGUCCCCCAAAACUAGAGACGGGCGAGGAAAGGUGGGCGCGCCGCGUCUCCAAAAGCGCGCUUUGGAGAAGCUCUCCAAGCGCUGCGCCCAGGAGAAGCUCUCCAAGCUGUGCGCUCCGGAACUCGGCUCAGGUUCGGCCCAGGAGGAACGCCCCAGGGAGGGGGAGGAGGCCACGGGGGAGGCUACGAAGCCCCCUUACUCCUAUAUGGCCCUGAUCGCCAUGGCCAUCGAGGCCAGCCCGGGCCGGCGCUUGCCGCUGCGCUCCAUCUACCAAUACAUCGCCGGCCGCUUUCCCUACUACCGGCUGGGCCAGCGCAGUUGGCAGAACAGCGUGCGCCACAACCUGAGCCUCCACGAGUGCUUCGUCAAGCUGCCCCGCGUGGGCGGGCCGCGCAAGGGCAGCGAUUGGACGCUGGACCCGGCUUUCCGAAGCACGUUCGAGCCGGGCAAGUACCGGCGGCGGAGACGCGCCCGGAGAUCAUCGCCCCCGCUGGCCGCCCCCGCUGCCCCGCCGCCGCCUCCUCGCGUGGUGGAGACCCCAGUCCGGCGAUCCUGCGCUCCGGCUGGAUGCCUCUGGGGUCCCGCGGCGGUGGGACAGACCCCCUCGCAUCCGAUCGGCCACCGCCCGCUGGGGAUCGUCCCUUUGGGGGGCUGCGAGCCCUGUCUCCGCCUUUGGCUGCCCGACGGGGUGACUCCGCCGCCGCCGCCGCCGCUGCUUCUGCAGCCCUCGGCGGCUCCCGGACCUUCCGUCCCGGCUCUCUCCGACCUGCCCUUUGGCCCUUAUUGGAGCUGGCAGGAGUCAAGCUAUUCCCUGAUGGAGCUGAAGUGA